GAUUAGUUGAUAAAAAUUUUGCAAGUUACUUUAUUCCGAUAUUAUGGAAGAAACAUGCACAUAAUUAUAUUUCAAAUAAAUUUAAAUUUUGGAAAGGAAAAGCAUUAGUUGAUAUUUUAUAUAAUGGUUUACCUGAAGAUUAUCAAAAACUUUUAUCGGAUAAAGAAAUUUAUACUGAAACUUACGAUUCAUUUCUUGAUAGU